UCCAAAGUUCCGCCUCUCGUUGCCGGACCUCUCGACUUCAGACGACGUCAACUCUCGGCACAGAGCCGACAGAAUCUGUGCGGGCCGUGCUGUGUUGCAAGACGGCUUCACCAAAGCGCGAGGGAAAAGACACUCUUCCACGCACACGAACACAGACAAUGGCGGCGGGACACGGCCUCUUCUUCUUCAUUCCCGGCAACCCAGGACUCGUCGAUUACUACACCGACUUCUUCGAUGCGCUAAAGGCCCGCAUCGGCUGGGCCGACGGCCACAUUCACGUCCACGGCCGCGAUCUCUUUGGGUUUAGAGAUGACAGCCACGAGCCGUUCAGCAAAGACAGUCCGCCGUAUGAUGUGGAACAUCAGAUUGAGCUUGUUUUUGACCAUUUGGCAUCAUUGCGGCGGACAGACUCUUCUCGCAAUGCGCCGGGCAAGAAAGGCGAGCCAUAUGACUUUGUCGUGAUCGCAGGCCAUUCGGUCGGUAGCUACAUCGCCCUUGAGAUUUUCCACCGGCACCUUAAGGAUCCCUCGCGCGCGCCCCAUCUCAAACUUCUCACGGGCAUGCUGCUCUUCCCAACGGUCACACAUAUUUCCAAAUCGCCGAGCGGAAAGCAAAUGGAACUCAUUCGUACGACACCAUUCCUCAACAAUACCGCACACGUGAUCGCCCAAAAGUUUUUGAACCUCUGGCCGGCGGUAGCGCUUCGGUGGUUCGUUGGCAAUGUCCUAGGCAUGGGUCCCAAAGCAGCAGAUGUCACGACCAGUUUCUUGAAGAGUCGGGACGGAGUAUGGCAAGCCAUUCACAUGGGCAAAGAUGAGAUGAAAGUUAUUACCGAGGAGAAGUGGGAUAAGGAACUCUGGGAGGUUGAAGAGGACGAUGUGGGGAACGGCAAGCGCGCUGCGCCUAGAUUCUUCUUCUUUUUCGCGAAAAGGGACCACUGGGUUGGAGACCAUUUCCGAGACCACUUCAUCAGGGCCCGAGAGAAGCACAUCGAAAACGGUUGGGCGAGGGUUGAGAUUGACGACACGGGACUUCCUCACGCUUUUUGCACUACGGAAAAGAACAGCGAGAUGAUCGCCGCCAAAGUCGCCGAAUGGUUGAAAGAGGUAUGGGACGGCUUGGCUCAGCCAACAGCAUGAUUAUGCGGUGAGUGUAUCCUUUCAUCAUGAUUGCGUGAAACAGGGUUUUUGAGUGUAUGAUAUUAAACAAUAGACAAUAAUUGUAUUCCAAAAAUUCCAACGCUUCUGAUCUUACAUCAAGUAACUGGAAUGGGAGAAGCGGAAUUCCAGCAGAUACCUGCCUUUUCCCUCGCCUGAGGUAACCGAAAAUAUUUGCCCUCUGGUGUGUUGGGGCAUGUCCGGAUUUUGCUAUCAACUCUAGACCAUGAAGUUGCCUUGAUGACACCGCCAAUAAUCUGGGAAAAGUCUACAAUACCACGCCUCACUGGUUCUGUUGAAGAACUCAGGAGGGCAUUGGCCUUCCGAUCUGCAUACUCUGGACGCUCGCAGUCUAACAACUCGUCAGCGCCUAACUGAUAUCGAGGAUUCCAUUAGAU